AUGUUCACAUCUAACUCGUCGCAGUCCGACAAGACCGCCAACCCCAUGCGGGAGCUCCGCAUCCAGAAGCUCGUCCUCAACAUCUCCGUGGGCGAGUCUGGUGACAGACUGACCCGUGCCGCCAAGGUGCUGGAGCAGCUGUCUGGUCAGACCCCCGUCUACUCCAAGGCCCGCUACACCGUCCGCACGUUCGGCAUCCGCCGUAACGAGAAGAUCUCGGUCCACGUCACCAUCCGCGGCCCCAAGGCCGAGGAGAUCCUGGAGCGCGGCCUCAAGGUCAAGGAGUACGAGCUGCGCAAGCGCAACUUCUCGGAGACGGGCAACUUUGGCUUCGGUAUCAGCGAGCACAUCGACCUGGGCAUCAAGUACGACCCGGGCAUCGGCAUUUACGGCAUGGACUUUUACUGCUGCAUGACCCGCCCCGGUGAGCGUGUCUCGCGCCGCCGCCGCGCCAAGGCCCGCGUUGGCUCCAGCCACAAGAUCAACCGCGACGAGACCAUCAAGUGGUUCAAGUCGCGCUUCGACGGCAUUGUCCGCUGA